AUGGCAACGGUCACGCGCGCGCGUUUCAACUGGGAGGAGGCUGUGAAGCAAGACCGCGAUCUCAAGCGUAUCGAUGCGUUCGUAAAGCUCACCGUGUCGAAAUGUCCAGGCCAACUGCCUCCGCGCGCUGAUGCAAGCCGCGGCGGCUCUCGAUACGAACCUGCAGCGGACCCAGUCGUAAUCAAAGCAGAACACCACCCGAUAUCAGGGACGACAUCCAUAGCACCGAGCUCAACUGGGUCUGUACCUUUUGCACCGCAGUUUAUUGACCCUCGGGAUUAUCAGAGCGAGUCAUCCAGUGAAAUGGAUACGCGAGAAGUGAACCCAAUGGACGAGCUGAGUGAUUUUGAGUCGGAGACGCCGCGGCGGCAGACGGUGCUGGAACAAGUGCAGCCAAUGGACGUCGAGAUGGCGGCACAAGAUGAAGAAAAAAUGGACGACCAAGCAAAGCUGACGGUGUGCGAAAUCUGCAGGAACUCGGACCAGGAGAACGCAAUCAUUCUAUGCGACGACUGCGACGCUGAGUUCCACAUUUCGUGUCUGGAUCCGCCACUGCUCGAGGUUCCGGACGGAACGUGGAACCACCGCCAACAGCUGCUGCUGAUGAUGAAAGCAGUGCAAGCGCUGCCGGUUAUUCUGAGGUCACUGUCACCGCCAGCUAGCGUGGAUACAAGGGCGACAACAACGAUAAGUUCGAGUGGCCAAGCUGAUGGUGGUGGAAACGUGCUUCUGGACGGAACAGGAGGAAACAGUGACCCAGCGUCGAUCCAUAUUGCGCAGGCACUGGAAGAAGACCCGAGGAAAAGCAACGCGUUGCUGAUCCACGCAUGUAACUGCGACGAAGUACGGUGCUCGGAUCCUGAGCUAAAUGAUUUUUGUCCACACAUGAAGCGGUUCCUGCGCAGUGUGUGUUGGGCGUCGCAUAGCGAUAAGUGGCGCUCCUACCGACUCGCCCGAAUUACAGCCGAGUUGUUUGCAUACCACGCAAUGAAUUGCGAUCUUUUGCAGUGCAAUGUACCGCUCUGCGUCAAGAUUCGCGAAGAAGAAAUCGUUUAA